UCUCUUCCCGUAGUCCAUAUGUUGUACAAGUAUAAACCUUCUUAGCAAAUAACAAUAAUCUGUCUGCAAAGUGCACGGAAUUAAAAUUAAGUAGAGGAUUAUACGGAGGGCCACCGGCUCCCUUAGUAAACAGUUCUGCUCACAAAAGCAAAUAUCUUGGAUGCAUAUAAAUGCGCGACGCGGUCUUUACAAUACGUGUCUGUUAUACCGGCAAGAUGUCUCUUCACGCGUUCUUAGUCCUCGCCCUCACCGUAAUCUCUGCGCAGAUUCUGCAAACGGGAGCCAGUCCUGUUCUGACUGAAGCUCAGUGCACUUUGCCACCACGCGAGAGGACAGACUGUGGAUUCGGGGGCAUCGGUGAGCAGGAAUGUAACAGAAAAGGAUGUUGCUUCGACUCUAGGAUCCCUGGGGUCAUUUGGUGUUACAAAGUCCCUAGGCCUGUGGUCCCAGAAAUAGUCCCUGAGCCCCAGGUUCAAGAGCCUCAAGUAGACCCUGUGCCUCAUGUUCAAGAACCUCAAGUAGACCCAGUGCCUCAGGUUCAAGAACCUCAAGUAGACCCUAUGCCUCAGGUUCAAGAACCUCAAGUUGAUCCUGUGCCUCAGGUUCAAGAACCUCAAGUGGACGAGCCAGAAGUUUGUAUUGAAUAAAGAUCUGGCCAGUCAUGGAGAACUACAGCGACCAGCGCUCCCAACAUUCAUCUUCUUGCCUUCUCUUCUUUCAUGAUGUCUCUGUUGCAUAAAAUAAAGAUCAUCUUGGGCGUA